AUGGCUGCCACGCGCCUCCGACCGAUCUCCCGUGCCCUUUCUACCACUUCAACUGCAACUCCACAACCAUAUCCAACCUACCAUCCUUCAGAAUCUCAAAAAUUCAAUUUACCGGAUGGCAGAACCCUCGGGUUUGCUGAAUACGGUCAUCCGAAUGGAUUUCCCCUUUUCAUUUUCCACGGCUUCCCUUCCUCGAGAAUAGAAGCCUAUCCAGUAGACCGCCUGGCCCAUAACCUCAAAAUAAAACUCUACGCUCUCGAACGUCCAGGGUUCGGAAUUUCGACUUUCCAACCUGGAAGAAAAAUAAUAGAUUACCCAUCUGAUGUUUUAGCUUUUGCUAAGGGGAAAGGGAUCGAACGGUUUUCAAUCAUAGGGGCCAGUGGCGGUGGUCCUUAUGCUGUUGCCUGUGCGAGGUUUUUGCCGAAGGAAGUUAUGGCUGGUGUUUGUGUAUUUGCCGGUGGACCACCUUGGGCGGCAGGCAGGCAAUAUAUGCAAUGGUGGGCGCGAUGGUCGGAAUGGCUUGCUAGAGUUUCACCGGGGACGUUUACGGUAUUGACGAAUGCGCUGGCGGGGAUUGUCAACUGGUUGAUUGGGACGCAGUCGGUUACUAAGAGGAUAAAUAAAUUCUUGGAAGAUGAAAGGAAAAAGAAAAUGGAAAGGGAAACGCCAUUGCCGGAAGAUGAAUUGGGGUAUCUUCGCGAAGAAGAGCUUACGACUGAUCAACGACGGGAAAGAUUGCUCGGUCUUCUGUGGACGGAACCUUGGCGACAAGGCUCGCAAGGACCGAUUCAUGAGAUUAAAUUGUUGACGGACUUGAAUUGGGGGUUUGAAUUUGAGGAUGUGAAGUUUCCCGUGAAGAUUUAUCAUGGGAAGAGGGAUAUUAAUGCGCCGAUAGAAAUGAUCAGGUGGAUGGCGGAACGGUUGCCGAAUGCGACGUUGACGGAGUUUGACGAUACACAUUUUACUAUGGGUGGAAGGUUGAAGCAGGCGAUUGAGGAAGCUAUUCCGGAGGAUGAGAAGAAGGAGUUUCUAGAAAAGCAGUCUAGUAUAUAA